CUCAAUUCUAAGAUUCUAAACGUCACUUCUUCCAGCAGAGCCUUAUAAAUAACCUAAAAGAUAUCAACUUGCAAACAUAAUUCUUACUGUGUAACUGUUUACAGACUGUAGCUGUAUCGAAACACUACACAGACAGAUAAAAUAAAUCUUAAAUAUUUUCAAAAUGGAUCACAGGUUCUUCGUUGGAUGUUGCCUUCUUAUAUUGGCGUCACUGACCAAUGUUAGUCAUGGACACAGUAAUAGUUUCUCAGAGAGGGAACUCAACAAAAUUGCCUUAAAACAGACUCAAGAAUCAAAUAUCAGAAAACUGGAAUACCUUGUGAAGACAGAUGCAGAGAUGAAGCCAAAGACAAGGGAAGUUAUCAAAGCUGGAUUGGAAAGAUUCAGGCGUUCGGCUGAAGAACCUAAAAAAGAUAACACUCACUGGUGUUGUAAAGUAGUGAUCGACCAUCGUGAUAAAAUAGUCCCUAAUUUCAAUGGGUGCCCGGAUGACAAAAUCGUCUGCUGUCGUGGCUACGUCAUGAGCAGAAGUAUUGGCCAGUGUAUGACUAACGAAGAAACAGAAGAAGUUCUCGGAGUGAUGACGAGACACGGUAUUGAUGGACUGAAACUCAUGGCGAGAUUUGCCGGAAUGUUCGGAGGCGAUUCCAGGUGAUGGGAAGGCCAUGUACAUAUGUAGUGUCGAAGCUUUGCCGAAUAAUGAUAAUAAAACUGUAAUGAGAUGCACUCUAUCAAUAGUUGAUAGACAUGGUUGCAUUAACAGUACUCAAUAACAUUUUCAAAGAAGAAAAAUACUGUUCACAAUUAAACAUAUUUUUUAUUCAAGAGAAAAAUAUAUAUAUUUAUAGUUACACGAACACAUGCUAUUGUUUC